AUGACCAAGCGAACAGAUGACCUGAGGGAAGAUUCUACAAGCGUCCGUAAUAAACAGCAGCAAGUGCAGAUCAGAGUAGACACGAUGUUUCUAAAAUACUGUAUUCUAUUGGCCAUCUUUCUCGGAUAUGGACUUUGUGAGAGCGAGAUAAAUAUUUCACGACAGUUGAAUGGCACUGUUACUGGUAACCAGACCCUUGCGCGUGCAGAUGGGCCAUACUUGGUCACCAGUGACCUUGUUGUCCCAGAAAAUGCCACUCUAACUAUAGAACCUGGUGCAAUUGUGAAUUUUGUUCCAUCUGUGGGGAUUCGUGUUCGUGGAUCAUUUCACGCAAAAGGGAAACCUUCGCAGAGAAUUACUUUCCGAGCGGUUCCCUGUGGAGAAACAAGUUUUUGCAAUAAAACAGACGGGGCUUUAUUCUAUAGUCACGGGAUAAGACUUGUAGAUGGAUCGUCCUACAACAACGGGCGCCUUCAGCUGCAGUAUAAUGGAAGGUGGGGGACUGUCUGCAACGACUGGGGAUAUUGGGAUCUCACAGAAACGCACGUGGCCUGCAGACAUCUUGGAUUCCUUGGGGGAAAGCGGUAUUACUAUGAUCCCGGCAGCGGCCCCGUGAUGAUGAAGACAGUUGGCUGUAAAGGAACUGAAAAGAGUCUAUGGGAUUGUUCUUACAGAUGGAUUAUGAGUGAUCCGUAUUCAUGUUCUCACAGCCGGGACGUUGGCAUUGAAUGUGACACUCUCUUGCCAUAUUUGGCUGAGAUUUUUUACUGGAAAGGUAUUUACUUCGAGCCGACGAAUUCCUCUGAGAUGAAAGGAAGCUCUUCGCUGGAGCACGUGUACAUUGAGAAUGCUCUCGAGGGCGUAAAUGCCGUGAAAAACGCUCCAGAUUUACUUAAUGUUACAAUCAACGAUAGCGCCUCUGGCUUAAAUAUAAAAGAACUUGUCAAACCUUUGGCCGUUAUCGAUUCUUUAAUCCUGGGGCCUAAACUUGCUGGCGUGAACAUCGAGAGCUCCUGUGGUAAUGUUGUCAUUGAAAACGUCACAGUUCAGAGUGCACGAUUUGGAGGAGGCCUUAUCUAUAAGCGCCUGGCAGUGAAUUUCUGUUCUGUCACUCCAGAAGAAGCUUCAUUUCCUUUGCUCCUAAAUGCCGCUGGAAAUCAUCAUCCGGUUAAUUGUACUAAGAUUUUCAGAGCUUCACCGGGAAGAAAGAUCUCUGUGUAUUUGAGAAUAAUUAAUGGAAGUGGAUUUGAGCUCAAUUUUACCGAUGCAAGCACAGCUAUCAAAACCAGACUGCACAGAAUUACAAGUGACUACAAUGGAAAGACAUUUAAGACUGGUUCUACUUCUAUAUUGGAACUCUCCUUCUACUCUAAAGGCAGUUCUAACUUGGAAAUGGUCGUUAUGGAAGAUCAAGGCGGGACUUCAUCACUUGUGAUAUCAAACAGUACCUUUUCUAACAACUUUAAGUCUGGUAUUACCAUUGACAACUUGAUUGGUAGCUCUCGAAUCUCUCGGGCAACUGUGAUAGGGAACAACUACAAUGGACUCUAUGUCAGCAACACACAAGGAAAAAUCUCUGUUGUAACGUCCAUGUUUCUGCAUAACAAACAUAACGGUGUUAAUAUAACCGAGAUAACAGGUACUUUAGAAUUAACAAACGUCAAUUGCUCGAAAAACCAAGCGUCAGGAAUCGUAGUCGAUUCUGGAACUCUUUCAUUCCAAAUGUCUGACAGCCUUGUUGAAGAAAAUGGCGGUCAAGGAUUGCACAUCUUAAACCAGGUCAACUCCACAAUCAACAUUUACAACUCGCAGUUUAUUCGUAACUGUAUCGGUGAAGGGGUAUACUUACAAGCACUUAGCUACUGCUAUGUUCGACUAGCGGAAGUACUGUCUCUUGAAAAUUCGCAAAAUGGGGCUCUGUUUACGAGAUUAUCCGAUACCAGAUUAAAUUUCAGCUCUUGUAAAUUUGAUGGAAACUCAAAUAUAGGAGUUUACGCUACCUACUUUUCUAGAGGAGGACUUAACUUGGAGAACAUUUCUACCUCAAACAAUUACGGAUCUGGUUAUGCUUUCGAAUUUGGAAAUACCAACAUAAACAUAGAGUCUUCGUCUUCUCUUGGUAACGGCAGGGAUGGUUUUUACGUAGAAAAUCAAGGAGGGGAAGUUGUCUUAAAGGGUUUUGUUGCUGAUGGCAACAAACGAAACGGAUUGUGGUUUUUAGAUACCGAAUCAGCUCGUCUUCGAUCAGUUCAUCUUCUAAGCUGUAAUGUUUCAGGGAACAUUCAAUACGGUGUGCUGUUUUAUAUCACGUAUAGAUUUGAUCAACGCCCGGAGAACUAUAUUAUUAAGGUUGCAAACUCCACAAUUUUCAAAAAUUUUCUCGGUGGUUGUAUGCUCUAUCCUGCAGAUUGCGGUUGGGGAAACGAUGGAUGGCAGAGAAGCGUUCAACUUUUAUUCACUGGUAAUAAAGUAAAGGGAAACAAAAAAUAUGGUUUGGAUAUCUAUGGCCCUGAAUGGUACGUGUUAUCUGCUGUCUUGGCUAAUAACAUAUAUUACGAGAACAGUGGACCUGCUCUGACAGUGAGACAUGGGCGAAGGUGUUCCUAUGAGAAUUCCUCACCCUUCAAUCUGCAGGUUUCAUCGAACAUCUUUUCGAAGAAUAAAGGGGAGAACAUAUUUUUCGUUGAUUGCGAAACGUUACCCACAAAAUGCCGUGUCACCAUCAGAAACAAUACGUUUUUAGACAAUCAAAGAAUCCGGCUGUUUUCCAGCAAUUACCUUCGUACCAAAACGCAGGCAGUUUUAGCUGUAAAAGGAGGCAAUGUUACUAUAAAGUACAAUUCAUUUAUCAACCCUUUGUUCUCUCACGAAUUAGCAGCACUGCUUAAAGACCGUGAACACGUUCUUCUUGCGGAAGAAAACUGGUGGGGAACAAGAGAUGAAUGCAAAAUAAAAGACCGAUUGUUUGACUUUGAAGAUCGAGUGGAACUUGCACAGAUCCAGUAUUAUCCAUUUUUAGAUUCCAACAAUUCUACCAGCCCUAAAUUACUCGAUGGUGUCAGACCUCUCUGUUUUCUUCGAGGCAACAACUUAGGAGGAACAUUAAAUCAUGUCCUCAAUAUUACAAACCCAAAUGAUGCCUACCGAGUUAUCAGUGACGUCACAAUAUUGUCUGACGGCGUUUUGUUUAUCGAAGGAAACAUCACUUUAGAAUUUCCAUUGAAGAGCGUUUUCCUAGUGCAAGGAAAGGUUAUCAUAAAAGGUAAUAAAAAAGAACGGGUGAAGUUCCUUCCGAAGGAACCAUUGCUUCAGGACAUUAGACUCGUCGGAGGUCCUGCUCCGUGGGAAGGGGUGGUUGAGAUAUGGAUCAAUAGCACGUGGAUGCCAGUUUGUGUGCAUACCUAUGGACACGAAGAUGACAUAGUAUGCAGACAAUUGGGAUACGAACCGGUAAACUCUUAUUACCAUAACCCAAGUGGAAAAGAGAAAAUAUUCCUACAUAAUGUCAAAUGCGAUACAGAUCAAGGAGACAGCAUCACCAUUUGUAACAAAAGGAACUGGAUUUCAUCUUCAUCAUGCACGAGAAAUGUUUUGUAUGUCGCUUGCAAAAUUCCUUACUGGGCUGGCGUACAUCUCGCUGUGACUUCAAAGGAAAGCAUCUUAAGCAAUGUUGAGGUGCGAUAUGCAGGUUUUCCAUAUAGAGACGACCUGACUAUCCCCGGAAUCGCCUUCAGAGUGGACCUCCCACGUCACGUGAUCAGCGGUGUCUUUGUGAGUAAUUCUGCUUCCGUUGGUUUCCAGAUUAUGUAUCCAGACCCCUUAAAAGAUUCAAAUAAAAUCGAGAAUUCAACGAUAGCUGAAACCGAGUCGGAUGGAGUACGUUUGGAGUCUCCAUUUAUUGAGUUCCUGAGUACAAAUGUCGUAAACACAAAAGGCUACGGAUUUUCGUAUCGUUACAACUGGAAUGCUCUCAACACACACGUGUUAAAAAUGGCAGAUGCGACCGUGAAGAAGUUUAUGGACAUAUGCACUGAAAGUGAAACAUUUAUUAGUGACUCUAGUGUGGUGUAUUAUCUGGUUUUAACAUUACGGAGCAGAGCAGCCUGCAAGGCCAUAAUUACCGUUCCACCGAAAUAUACGAUAGGAUUGCAGCUAAUCUAUCACAAUGUAUAUAGCAUAGCUUUCCACGUGUACAAUGGAACAAACAAGACAAAGGGCACUCUCUGGGAUAUCCAUAUGUUACAAUGGUAUAGCCGUCCUGCUUGGAUGACUGGCAAUAGCUCAAUCCUGCUGGAGAAAGGGUAUGGAUAUACGGAUGAAGACGACACGGUGCAUUUUCUAUUGUUCCUCAUCAAAA